AUGUGCGGCGCUCAGAUCGACGCCAACGCUCUGAACAUGUGCCCGUCCUGCAUCGCCUCGGAGGUCGACGUGGCUGAAGGGAUCGACACAACGGGUGAGCUCGUGCAGUGUCGCGGCUGCCUGCGCUUCCAGUCGCGGGGCAAGACACAGCAGUACAGCAGCAGCUCGGGCGCGUGGCUCGACUGCGACUGGGAGUCGAAGGAGCUCAUGGCGCUCUGUCUCAAGAGCAUUGCUGGACUCCACAAGGCCAAGCUGUUGGACGCUGGGUUUAUCUGGACCGAGCCCCACUCGAAGCGGGUCAAGCUGCGGCUGACGCUGCAGCGAGAGGUGGCGAACCACGCAGUGGUUCAAAACACGUGCAUCGUGGCGUUUGUCAUUCACUCGACCAAGUGUCCCGACUGUACGAAGCACUACCACAACAAUACGUGGCGGGCGCUCGUGCAGAUCCGGCAGAAAGCCGACCACAAGCGGACGUUCCUGCGACUGGAGCAGGAUAUCCUCAAGCACAACGCCCACCAGGACGCGAUUGGCAUUGUUACAGUGAAGGAAGGGAUGGACUUUUACUUUGGCUCCAAGUCAACGGCCGAGCGGUUUCUUCACUUCCUGUCGGCGCACGUCCCGAUGCGGUCCAAGACGUCGAGCAAACUCAUCUCGGAGAACGUGCACAACUCGACCGCCAACUUGCAGCUCACGUACAGCGUCGAACUGAGUCCGAUCUGCAAAGAUGACUUGCUCGUGUUGCCGCGAAAAGUCGCACAGGCGUGUGGCAACAUUGCCGACUUGACGCUGUGUGCGCGUGCGACGUCGAUGGUGCAUCUGGUGGAUCCCGUGUCAGGACAGAAGGCAGAGUUGUCGACGGACAAGUACUGGAAGCUGCCGUUCUUGCCACUAGCGUCGAGCUCGGACAUGGUCGAGUUUAUCGUGCUGGACGUGGACCCUGUGGAUCCGCGUGACUUGCGCCACGUCGGUGUUGCAUCCAAUUCGAGCAAAGGGCACGCGUCGAGGUUUGUCGUUGCUGACGUGGAAGUAGCUCGCACAAGCGACUUUGGCGUGAACGAUACGACGUUCCAGGUGCGCACGCACCUCGGCAAUGUUUUGACUGCAGGAGACACGGUCAAGGGCUACGAUCUCUCUUCAGCUAUCUUUGGCACGUGCCAAACGCUGUCGUUGAAGGGGGAGCUUCCUGAUCUCGUGCUGGUGCGGAAGGUGUACCCACGCGAGAGCAGCAAGCACCGCAAGGGCAGCCGCAAACUCAAGACGUUGGGUGCCGACCGCCGCGGCAAUGUCAGCAAGGCGGAGACGGCUCGAAUGCAGCAUGACAUGGAGGUGUUCACGGAAGAGUACUUGAACGAGGCGGAUCAGGACGAGCACGAGCGUGACGGUAGCGAAGAGCACGAGGAUGCGAAAAAGCUGGCCGCAGAAGGCCCCGAAGGUGUCUCCGCUGAAGCAGUAGAGGAGCGAACAGCGGCGAUGGCGGAUCGAAGUAUGCCGUGA